AUGAAUACACUCGUAGAUUUGAACCUAAAUUCCAUUAAUCAUCUGAAAUUUCCUGGUUCUCAAAAUUCAUCUCUACAGAUUGUAUUUCCAGAGAAAAUCCAAGCAAAUACAAAUGAUAAUUCACAAAUAGAAAACAUAUCCUAUAUUAUUCCAAUAGAUGAGAAGCCAUAUACAGUACACCUUAAACAAAGAUUUUUUGUGGCAGAUAAUUUUAUGGUUUAUUUGUAUAAUGAAGGUGUGAAUUCUUAUUCUUCAAAUAUUCAGACUCAAUGCUACUACCAAGGAUAUAUUGAAGGAUAUCCGAAUUCUAUUGUCACACUCAGCACAUGCUCUGGACUGAGAGGAUUACUGCAAUUUGAAAAUGUUUCUUAUGGAAUUGAACCUCUGGACACUGAAGUUGAAUUUCAGCAUCUUCUUUAUAAAUUAAGGAACAAAGACAAUCAAUUUGCAGUUCAUUCUGAAAAUGACAGUGGUAUAGCACAAAAACCAAUGGAGUAUAGCAUUUUCAUAAGUGAAAAAUCAGAAUCAGCUCUUCCAGACUUAAUUCCUCUUUAUCUAGAAAUGCAUAUUGUGGUAGACAAAGUUUUGUACGAUUUCUUGGGCUCUGAUAGCAUGAUGGUAACAAAUAAAGUCAUUGAAAUUAUUGGCCUUGUAAAUUCGGUAUUUUCCCAAUUUAAAGUUACAAUUGUGCUGUCAUCAUUGGAGUUGUGGUCCAAUAAAAAUAAGAUAUCUACAGUUGGUGAGGCAGAUGAAUUAUUGGAGAGAUUUUUAGAAUGGAAAAAAUCCUAUCUUACCCUAAGACAUCAUGAUAUUGCAUAUCUAUUCAUCUAUAGAGAUUAUCCAGAUUAUGUGGGAGCAACGUUUCCUGGACAGAUGUGUGUUACUCAUCAUUCUGCAGGGAUUGCUUUGUAUUCAGAGGCGAUAACUUUGGAGGCAUUUUCAGUAAUUGUCACGCAGAUGCUGGGACUCAGUAUGGGAAUAUCAUAUGAUAACCCAAAGAAAUGUCAAUGUUCAGGAGCCAUCUGUGUAAUGAAUCCAGAAGCUAUGCAGUACAGUGGUGUGAAGAUUUUUAGCAAUUGCAGUUUGAGUGACUUUAAAAAUUUCAUUUCCAAUAUGGGUGGCAAAUGUCUUCAGAAUAAGCCACAAAUGCAAGCAGCUCCAGCAGCAAUCUGUGGCAAUGGCAAAGUGGAGAGCGGUGAAAUCUGUGACUGUGGUACUGAGGAACAGUGUGGACCUUCUAGCUGUUGUGAUCCUAAAAAAUGUGUGCUAAAGCAAGGAUCAAUGUGUGAUACAGGACUAUGCUGCCUCAACUGUAAAUUUAAAGUAGCAGGUUCUUUAUGUAGGCCUGCUGCACAUCCUGAAUGUGAUAUUUCUGAAAGUUGUAAUGGAUCCUCAGCAGCCUGUGCUCAUGAUAUAACUAUACUCAAUGGACGUUUAUGUGAAAACGAUAAAUAUAUUUGUUAUAAUGGAGACUGCCAUAAUGUUGAUGCACGUUGUGCAUCCAUAUUUGGAAAAGGUUCACAAAAUGCUCCAUUUCCCUGCUAUGAAGAAAUACACUCUCAACUUGAUAGGUUUGGGAACUGUGGUAUGGCUAGAGGCUCAUAUAAAUACUGUACAUGGAGGAAUCUUAGAUGUGGAAGAUUAGUUUGUACUUACCCUUCUCAGACUCCUUUCAAAAAAAAUAAUGUUUCUGUGCUUUAUUUGUAUGUACGAAAUGUUAGAUGUAUAACUUUAGACUAUACUUUUCAUGGCUCAGCUACAGAUCCAUUGCAAAUCCGUGAUGGCUCUGAUUGUGAUACUGACAGGGUUUGUAUAAAUCGUCUGUGUGUAGAAUCGAGGUUUGUUAAGGCUCAUUUCCUUAACUGUUCAUCAAAAUGCAGUCAACAUGGGCUCAUCGAGUUCCUCAAAAUAGCUAUUGUGAACUUUUUAUCAGCUAAAUAG